UAAAUAUUAGACGGACAAUUCCUAGCAUGUGCUGCUAGCUAGCGAAAUUUGAGCAAGCGUUAAUUUAAUGUUGUUUAGCUAGCUAAGGAAUGCUGAUUUUAAUACAAAGUUGAGAUAGUUUUGAAAUAGUUUUGCAUGACAUGCUUAGAGUUUUGUACUUGAGAAACACAAGUAGUUUAAAGGAUACGUUCUCUAGCGCAUACUAUCUGAAUAAGCUAGGGCUGGGAUGUCUCUGGUACAGCACAGCUGAUCCAGACUUGAAAGUUGAAUAUUCGAGGGCUUUGCGUGUUGGUCAAAACAACCAGGUAAAGUCAGGACCCCGGAAGCAAGUAUGCCAACUCGUGCUGGACCACUUCGACACGCAGUACAAUGAAGAGCUCGGUGAACUAUGGAGCAAAGCAAGGGCUGUGCUCCUGGAUCCUCAGAGCUGGCAGUAUGGAUUAAUGCUGAACCGUUUCUCUGGGCUCGAAGAGCUCAGCCUGGCCCUCCGAGCCCAGGGGUUCAGCAGCCUGCUGCCGCGGGACUGUGGACCCAGUUCCCUGCGGUGUCUGGUGCACCCUGCCCAGAAUCGCUUUCCCUCCCAAAAGCACCGGCCAGGCCACCUCAAACAGCUGUACCUGCUGAACGCAGCCUCCCUGCUGCCUGUGCUGGCCCUUGAGGUGCAGGAUGGGGACAGGGUGCUGGACUUGUGCUCGGCUCCUGGGGGCAAAGCAGUGGCCAUCCUGCAGUGUGCUACUCCAGGACUGCUGCACUGCAACGAAUGGGACGGCGGCAGGUGGAGGUGGCUGAGGGAGACUCUGCAGUCCUUCGUCCCGCCCGCCCCGAUGGAGGCCGUGCGGGUGUUUAAUCUGGACGGGAGGGCGCUGGGGCUCGGCGAGACGGCCGCGUAUGACAAGGUGCUGGUUGACGCCCCGUGUUCAAACGACCGCAGUUGGCUGUACUCCUCCCAGCCUGCGCAGGGCGCCCUGUGGCUGCAGGAGAGAGGCAGACUCCCAGAGCUGCAGAAAGAGCUGCUGAGCUCGGCCCUGGCGGCAGCGCGCCCUGGUGGCACGGUGGUGUACUGCACCUGCACUCUGUCCCGUGCGGAGAACAGCGAGGUGGUGGAGGCCGUCCUGGAGUCCUGCCCCCAGGCGGAGCUGCAGGACCUGGGCGGGCUGGCCCACGCCCUCUCCCACUGCUUCACCUUCGCCCCCCACUCCCCCCACGGGCUGCUGGUGGUCCCCACGCAGGGCCGGACCUGGGGGCCCAUGUUCCUGGCCAAACUGAAGAAACUGUGACCGCUCUGCGCCUUCUCUGAGGACUAUGAUGUGCGAUGGGUGAUGUCUUAUAAAAGGCAGGUGUUACCACUCCCAACACUGGAUACGGUACCUUCAGAACUAUCCAGGCUAAUACAGUAUGGUCAUGUAUAUGUAAGUUUGUUAAUAAAUGGUUGGCAUUUAUAUAGCGCCUUUUUCCAAAGUGCUGUACAAUUGAUGCUUCUCAUUCACCCAUUCACAGUCACACACCAACAGCGAUUGGCUUGGCACCAACGGGGGUUAGCUUUCCUGCGCAGAGACACUUCGACACACCCAGGGCGGGACGACGGCUCUUACCGUCUAAGCCAAUGUCGCGCCAAAUAAAAAAAUCAAUUAA